AUGGCAAUUGAUAUGAAACUUGACACGAACCCAAAUACUAUGCCUUCCCUGCCAGAUUAUGUCCCCCCAACCAAAGGACCUCUUUCACUAUUACCAGUUACUUGGGUGCCAUACGCUCAGCUUAUGCGAAUAGAGAAGCCGGCAGACGCCCCCUAUGAUCGACAAGUUGCACGAUGCAGACUGCGACCCAUUGCACGGAAUGCUGUCAGUGGACCUGCAGCUCUGGGUUUCAUGGCCAUUCAAGCAGUACUAGGAGUGUUGACGACCCUUGCGCCACUGCCUCACUCGGCUCGCGUACCAGCUGCCUUACUUUCUGCUACGCAGAUAGUGUAUCCUCUAUGUAAGCGAUUCACCGAUUAUCCACAGUUGUGGCUUGGUGUCUCAUUUGCUUUCGGAGUUGGCGUAGGUGCCGGAGCAGGUGGUAUCGACUUUGUGGAGAUGUGUGGAAGAUUAGACGCACUAGAAAGUAGUGAGACACGCAUACUUUGCAUUCUUGCUUGCCUGUACUUCUUUGUCGUACUUAACACGUUGAUUUAUGAUACCAUAUAUGGGCAACAAGACCUAAAAGACGACUUGAAAGCAGGAGUCAAAAGUUUAGCAGUGGCAUGGAGAGACAACACCAAAAGGAACUGCGCGGUUUUGGCGGUAAUUGAGAUUGCUUUACUCUUAGCUACUAGCAUCCUUGGCAGGUUGACUAUGGGCUUCGGUAUAUUGGCGAUUGGUGGCACGACAUUGGUGCUCAUCAUGAUGUUGUACUCGGUCAAGCUCGAAGAUCCCGAAAGUUGCAUGUCGUGUUUCAAGUGGCUCAUCUGGGGAACUGGUGCCACUUUAUCUCUGGGCUUGUUAUCUUCCUGA